AUGUUUUACCGACCACACUCUUUCUCAGCUGUAAUUGGCCACAAAGGAAGAAAGAGACGAUAUAAAAAGAUAAUUGGCAUUAUCUCAUCUUGCAAGGAAAACGGAAAUUUGUGCAAGAUUAAUUUCAAGUUAACGACGGACCUUCAGGAGAGUCGGAACAGAGCCGCCCUAAGAGUCCAAGGGUCCUUCGUUGAGAGUGAACAACUCGGUGGAGCACGUCGCAUGAACGAGGCCGCCCUCGACGUCAGCUCCAGCCCGCCCGUCAGCCCUCUCAGGCCUUGGCUCCGCGCCAGCUCCCUUCAGCAGCAGGAACUCACGUCUAGGCGAAGUCUCCAUGCACACACCCAUGAUAACAAAGCUUCAUGUAUCUUCUUGCAGGACGCAUGUGCGGGUGUGCCAAAGGAACCUCCUGCAGAAGCCCAAAUAGAAGCCAAGCAAGAAACCUCACAGGGAGCAGAAAUGGAUCCUAAGAAGGAUGGGGAGAAUCCAGUGACAGAAGUAGAUAAAGCUCUCGAGGCAGUGUUGAGAGUGGACAGGAGACAGGUGGCAGGAGCUGGGGAUGGAGCUCUGCCGAAGGAACUAGCCGCAGAAGCAGAGGAUGAUGUUCACGAGAAGCCGGAAUGGGUUGAUCGAGAUGUGCAAGCCCUCAGGGAAAUGGUUGAACAGGAACCUGGUUUGAAAUCACGUAUUGAUAAGCCCUUCUUGUUAGCUUUCCUUAGAGCUCGUAAAUUUGACUAUGAUAAAGCCAUGGCCAUGAUACGAGGAUACUAUAGAGCAAGGCAGGAAAAUGCUGAUAUGUAUGUUAACCUCGUCCCGUCAGCCCUGGAUCAUGUCUGGCCGCUUUGCAUGCAGACGGUCCUUCCAACACCAGACAAUCUAGGGAGAACUGUCCUCAUUUUCAGAACAGGUGCCUGGUUACCUGAUAUCUGCACCCUAGAUGAUGUGUUCAGGUCUCAGGUAGUAAUGCUAGAGCAUGUUGUACGUGUCCCAGUAACACAGCUUCGAGGAAUAGCGGCUGUUGUGGACUGCUCUGGGCUCUCUAUGACUCAUGCGUACUAUCUGACUCCGACUCAUAUUCGCCGCAUGAUUUCAGUUGUACAGGAAGUCUUUCCUCUAAGGUUCAAGGCAUUGCACUUUGUCCAUGAGCCUUCUAUAUUCGACUGGGUCUUCAGCUUAGUCAAACCUUUCCUCUCUGAAACUAUAAAAGGACGAUUGCACUUCCACGGAGAAGACCUCGAGAGCCUGCACAAACACAUCCCAGCUAAUGAGUUACCGGAAGAAUUAGGUGGAACUCAGGGACCCAUGACCAAUAGUGAACUUGUAGAGAUCCUGAAACAAAAUGAGGACUAUUAUAAAGAGCAUUUUACAUAUGGCUUUGAGACGUCUGAAGAACCUGCGCGUCAGGGAACUGUAAUGGAAGCUGUGACAGACAUGGGGAGUUUGAUUGGCAGUUACUACAGAAGAAUGUGUAUAGACUAGUGCUAGCCAGCCCUGCACUAGUGACAGUCCACCUAGUGCCAUCAUUUGAGAAAAGCAAAUUUGACCCCAAAAACAUUUUGAUAUCUAUAGAAAAAAUGUGGAAGGAGGUUCCGAUGACAUUGGAAUCCCUUCUGUGUACUGGGUGGGAGAGUUCUGGUUAUUUUGUUCAUGGAAUACAUUGGCACUAAACUUAUUAUCUAUCACAAUCUCAGGGAAAAAUAGUAGCCUUUGUAACUGUUAUACAGUUUGGAAAAAAAUUCACAUUGGAAGGAUGGUGGUUCAUAUCAAGUAUUCCUGUUAGUUAUUGUUUAAGAGUAAUUUGCAUUUAAAUGUUUAUGAAUUCAUUUUGACCAAAUGCAUAUUUCCUUUUAUUCUCUUUAUGACGGAUUUAGGUCCUUCAGAUAUCCAUGAGAAACAAAACAUAUUAGUGAUGAGUGUAUUGAAUUGAUUAAACAAAGAACUCAUUCCAGUUUAUGUCACUUUUGCAGGCUGGCCAUAUAUUUGUCUCUGGUUACACACUGAUGCAUAUAUACAGAUACACGUACGUGCAAUUUAUAAUGUGCAUAUGUUGAUCCCUUCACUUCAUCACAGGAAAUACAUCAGAUUUGAUAACAUUAAUAAUUUGUAAUGCACACAAUUCUUGCUCCAGUAAUGUACAUAGUCAGUUUUGAUAUGUGGUAUAGCAUAUGACAUUUAUUGUUAUUAAGCCUCCAUAUUUGUGGUGCAAUGUAUACUUUACCCUUUAAGGAGGCAGCCAGAUAAGCAUUUUAGAUUGUUUUUAUUAUGGCUAACAUGAAAACAUUUUAUGCCUGUGACAAAAGCUUUGUGCAAAUGGUAGCUCAAGAAAUAAUGUAAAUUACAGAUAUACACUGUGACAUUAGACUUUAUUAUCAGUGCUAAUUAUUGUUGACAAUUUUUACAUUUGGUCAUUCAUGGAUACUAUUUUUCUGCUAAAAUGUACAUCCUUGUGAUAUAUUUCUUCAUUUUUCAAAGAGUUGUAAUAGUUAAUAGAGAGUAUUAUUAUGUAAUUUUAUUUCAUCUAUAAUAAUCUCUUCCUUGACAAAAGUGUAGCAGAAAAAAUGGAUUCAGAUGGCUAAUAUAUUUCUGUGCACUGAAUACCAUAUGCUUGGUAUUGAGUGUGCAAAUUUUAUAAUUUUGAAAAACUGGUACUUUGCCUUAGGGAAUGUCUGAUCUUCUGCCAAGUUCAGAUUAUAUUGUUUUAUUAUCAUCAUAGAGAUUAAAGAGGAUUUGCCUGACUGACUUAAUGGUGCUGCAAAUGUAUGUUUUUUUUUUUUUUUUUUUUUUACUGUUGUACUUAGAAUUAAUUGGUACAGAAGUUAGAGAAGUAGAAUAUCAGUGAAAGUGAGUAAUUAGCAUACUUUCUCCGUGUCUCUCCUCUUCCUUCUCUGUGUCCUUUUUCUCCAUUCAUUAAUUUGUUUAGGUCAUGGUAAUUCUAGAUUGGUCUUUUGGUUCAGAAUUUCAUGUGCACACAGGUUGGAAAGAAGACUGCUUGGGAUUCUGAUAAACCAUUAUUUAGAUUCAAAUUGAUCUAAUUAGGUUAUUUAUAAUAUUGAUAAUUAGGCCUUUUUAUUUAUUAUUAUUAUUAUUAUUACUUUUUAUAUAUAUAUAUUUUUUUUUGAUAACUUGCAGUGUGUCAUCCAGUGUACGCACAUAACCAAGAACAACAAUUACCCUAUUUCAUUUGUAAAGGAUUAAUUGGCGGCAUUCUUGCUGUCGUUGAAUAUCUGGAGUUGCAGAACAGAUGCUGAGAUAAGGAACUAGCUAAUUUUCCCAACAAGUAAAGACAGAAUGUGAUUCUAUGUCCUACCUCCUUAAAGGGUUUGGAUAUGACAAGUAUUUUUGGAGUACUUUUGUUUAGUCUGAGCAGCACUGUAUUAAGCUUUUAUUACUAAAGAUGGAAAGGUUGAUCUUUAUGCUCAAGGUAGAAACAUCCAUUAUGAUAGAUAAUUGGUUAUCACAUGUGUUUUUAUGAAGUUUGAUAUAAGAAGCCCACUUUAGAGCUUAAAUAUUGCACUCCUGUAAAUAUUGGAGUUACUUGUGACAAGUAAUAUGGAACAAACUUUUUUUUUUUUUUUUAUAUAUAUAAGGAAUGAAAAUCUGACGUAGAUAAACCUGUGUACUUAGUAAUUUUAUAAAGCCAAAGGUUGUGCAGGAAAUUUGAAUUUUACAUAGAUCUAUAAAGACAUUCUUUUCCCAACCAUAUAAUCUUUCUAUACAUUUCCCUUUAUGCUAUUGAGGUUAGUCACGUUACAUGCGAACCAUGCACAAAAAGUGAAAGGCGAAGUCAACUGGUCUUAUAAUACAAACUACACAGAUUAUCUAUCAUUUUCAUGAUUCCAGGACCAAAGGAUUUAUUAUGUAAUGUAUAUAUACUUAGUGAGUGAGAAAGAGAGAGAGAGAGACCAUUAAAGCACCAAGGAAAGUGAGAGCUUAAUUAAGGUUUUAUUAAGGAAAUAAAUGAACACAAGAACGCUUGUGGUUUAAGCGUGCCUUAUGGAAGUUGUAAGAGGAAGUUACUGAAGGAUACUGUGUGAUAUGCGAGAUUUAAUACUAUACUUCAUGUGAAUUUCUCUUUUCAUAAGACAGGUACAGUACAUAGCAUAUAUGGUAUUGAUUCCUUUUCCUUUAUAUAUUUUUUGCUAUUAUAUCCUGUUGAUUUAGGAAAUGAGGAUUUAAAACUAACAACACAUAUGAAGAGAAAUAUUCAGGUGUUGUAUAUUUUGGAAUAUUGGUUGUAAAAAUGUAUGUGGUUGUAAAUAUAGUUUCACAAGUAGUGUAAGCUUUUAAGAGAUGAGAAAUCACAGUCUUGAAAUGCCUACGUCUAGUUUAUUAUAAAUGUUUCUUCCUUCUCUUAUAUGAAACAGAAUUAUGGUAGUUACUAAUUGUAGUUUGAGUUUAGUGAAGUGAGAAAUGUGUAAAUUUUGUACUGAUUUGAUAUAAAAAUAUGAUGCAAACCUCAGUGUUGAUCAGUUGAUGAACAGUAUUAUUUAUCAGUUAGUAGAGCUUUAUGAAAUUGCUUAUCUCAGAAUUGGUAACUUGCAUUAAAGGUAGGCAGGGAAAUUUGUGAAAUAUAUAUUGACCUGUGCACAAUGUUACUUCGUAUAUCCAUUAGUGAUUUUUAUAAAAGUAUAUUCCUUUAAUAUUAUUACACAUUCAACAGAGAACAUAUGUACUCAUACUUGCUCCCACCCUUUAGUGGCGCACACACACCCACAUACCUGUGCAUCCAUAUUCACAUAACACUACACAUUCAUACCCACAGAAACUCCCAACUACCCACACACAUUUAACCCAAAUGGCUAUUUACACAGCUGCACAAAACUUUCCCUAUUUUUUAAGUGGUUUGUACUUCAAGAGUAUGAAUUUAUUUACAGGAUAUAACUUUUUUUGGUUAAGUAACUACAGAUUGUAUUGGAAAUAUACAUUAUAGUGGUGCAUAUAUGUUUUAUUGUUAUUGUAGAAGAUUUAGUUUUAUAAUAAAAUAUAUAUAUACAUUGAUAAUUUGUUUUUUAGUGACUACUUUUUUCUUUGGUACGUUCUGUUUAGAUUGUACAAUUUUCUUGUAUGUAUGGCAAGAUAUCUUGAAUUGAUAUUUUUUUAA